ACUCUCCAUCUCAUCUGGCUCAUCAUGAAUGGUGCCCCUUCCCCUGAGGAUGGCGCUGCCCCUUCUCCUCACCCUCUCCCAUCACCACCACCUUCCCCAGGUUGGCAGGAGUUCUGUGAAUUUGCGGCUUGGGAAGCGGCCCUGGACUGUGCCCGACGCUUCCACCUCUACUGGGCUUCCCAUCCCCAAUACUCUGGGGAUGAGGCAGCCUUCUCCCUACGUUUUGCUCUGCUCUUCUUGCAGCGCUUUGAGGCAGAGGUGGCCCGGACCUCGGGUUCCCUUUCAUCAUCUGGUCGGAUGCGCCUUAGUCCUGGUGAGGAAACCCCAUCAAGUGGCCCUUCCCUGCAGAGCUGUGGGAACAGUGAGCCUCUGACUGUGUGGGGUCAUUCUCGAUCCUCUGAAGACCUGGCUGGCUCUCUCCCUUCCUCGAUGGCUUCAAAUUCAUCAAAGCCUCAGGUGAAGAAACGCUUCUCCCUGCGCUCAUUUGGCCGCUCAGUCCGAGGGAUCUUCCAGUGGCGGGGAGCGGGUGACCCCCCUUCUGCUGUAGGACAUUUGGACACCUCUGCCUCAGGGCUAUCUGGCCUGGGUGAGGGGGGUAGCACCAGUGAGGGGCCAGCUAGGCGUGGGGCAUCCCCUGGGGAAAGCUUUGAGAUGCAGACACUAAGGACGACAGGAGGAUCCUUAAAGGAUGGGGCAGGGACAGAGCACAGACAGGAGCUGCCCUUGGCACCUAGGGAGAGCCACGUGGACCUGCCUCAGGGGGCCUGUGGGGGCCUCUCAGACUAUCCCUCAGCUUCUGUCUCCCCCAGCUCUGCCUUCACUGCUGCCUCCCAUUAUGACUCAAUGGCAGUGAUACCCUGCAAGGUGCCUCACCGAUUCCCUAUUAAAAAGGGGCCCCCAGUGGGGAAAAGUUACCCCCCACCAGCCCCUGAUGCUCGAGACACCCAAAGUUCCUUGCUGCCUCAGGGAGAGUCAGAUGGAGGUGAUAGGGACAACCUCCUUUCAGCGUACCCUUGGUUCCAUGGGAACCUCCCUAAACUCAAAGCUGCCCUGCUAGUGCUUGAAGGGGGUGCUGACAGCCAAGGUGUCUACCUGGUACAUAAAAGCAACAAGAGGAUAGGGAAGUAUGUCCUCACAUUCAACUUCGAGGGCAGAGUCAAGCACCGUCUUCUUACCCUGAAUGACAAUGGUCAGUGCUGGGUGAUGCAACACUUGUUCCCAACAGUCUGUGACAUGCUGGCAUAUUUCAGUUUCAACCCUAUUCCCGUGGAGUCUGAGCCUUUCAACCAUGUUACCCUCACCAGCUAUAUUGAGGCACCCUGGUGGUCAAGAGGCAGGGAACGGGCAGAGGGAGUGCCCAGGAGGAUGGGGUCCACUCCAGAGCUAUUGAUAACAAGUACUCCUUCCUAUACGGAGGAAUACAACCACAUGUCCAAGUUUCCCUUUGUCUCUGGCCCUUGGCCAGGACCCAGGAUGGACCCUCCCCAGAGAGGUGCAAUUGCUCCCCUUGCCCCUGAUUGUCUUGGGGAUGGGCCUGUUGUUAGAAGAAAGACCAGAGCCCAGCCAGAACAAGGCAGAUUUGCCCUGGAAAAGGUCUCUCUGCUGGACGGUCACAGGGGUGGGAACUUGCGGUUUACCAGUUUUCAGCUGGGCUUCACUACUGGUCAGCAGGGCACCUCCCUGGUGCCUGGUGAGGGUCCCCAAACUGCUGCCCAGACUGCUCACCUGCCCAGGGAGCUGCUGGUUUGCAGGGGGGUGGAGCCUUGCAGGCCACCCAGCUGA